AUGUCACACCAUCACACGCACAGCGGAGGGUGCGGGCACGAUCACCACGACGACGACUCGCACGUCAAGCCGAACGAAGGCGAUCAGGACCUUCUCUACAGCAGCAUUGAUCGGGACCGCGUUGUGGCGCUCAACGAGAGCGUCCCCAACUCUGCGGCUCUCACCAUCAAGCCAUGGGAGCGACGCACGGACCCGGAGCCCCAAGUAACCUCGGACGCCGACGAUCAGCUCAUCAUCCACAUUCCCUUCACCUCUUCCGUCAAGCUUACCACGCUCCUCUUCCGACCCGCCGCCGAACCGGACCUCACACCGAGUGUGAUCAAGCUCUACAGAAACCUGCCGCCCAAUGCGCUCGACUUCGACGACAUCACCGACCGCCCCGAGACCACCAAGCUCGACAGCAUCCCCACCGUCCAAGACACAAAGGACGUCAUCAGCUUCCCCCUACCCCCCGUCAAAUGGUCCAACACCGACAGCAUCACCCUCUUCGUCGAAGCCAGCCUCGGCGGACAACACUCCGGCAUCCAAUUCCUCGGCUUCAAGGGCAAAUCCUCUGGCUACUCCAGAGCCGCCCCCACCAACAUCGUGUACGAAAGCGCUCCUCAGCUCAAAGAUCAUUCCAGGGUAGGCACCGAUUCGCUCUCAUCCGCUCACGGCUUUGGUCACUGA